GCCGUCAUGUUGUCUUGUCUGACACCUGACUUUUAGUUGCAUACACAAAUUUAUCUAAUUCGACGUUUUGUAAUCAAAAACGUUCAUAAUAACGCUAGUUAACAAAGAGGCAGAUGAAUUAAGUCUACAGCAACGUAUUGUUCUACAAUGGGAAUUGUGUACGAACGCUUAAAUUCGCUUCUGUACUUGGAGUGAGGUGUCACGUCUAAUCGGGGCUUCUCUAGCGGCUGACUCCAUGAAUAUUAUCAGGAUAAUAUGUUAACAUGGCUGUGCAAUCGGACUCUGGGGGGAAGGACGACGUGAAGACACAGUUCGUGACGAGAGAAGGGACAUACCGCUUGAUGACGCUGUCGGAGUACUCGAGGCCUAAUCGAGUUGGUUAUACGAGCGGCUCCGGCUCCUCUCAUGUGCGCGUGUCCCUGGUCAGCCUGCCGCCGGGGCCUGGGGGCGGAGCGCCCGGUUCCGAUGGGCAAGGCUCCGACGACAGGAUAUGCUUCAACCAUGGCAAAGAGCUCUAUGUUUAUGUAUACAGAGGUGUUAAAAAGGGCAUGUCACUAUAUUACACACUUCCUCGGCAGGCGGCAGAUCUCACGAAGCCGGUUGACAAGAAGAUGUACAAAGGAACAAACCCAACUUGUCAUGACUUCAACACCAUCACGAUGACACCGGAAAGUGUGUCCUUAGUUAUAGGAUUUUCUACCGGCCAAAUACAACUCAUAGACCCUAUUAAGAAAGAAUUAAGUAAAUUGUACAAUGAAGAGAGACUGAUCGACAAGACGCGCGUCACGUGCAUCAAAUGGGUGCCCGGGUCCAGCAACCUGUUCAUGUCCGCGCACGCGUCGGGCCAGCUGUACGUAUACAACGAGGAGCUGUCGUGUGGCACGGCAGCCCCUCACUACCAGCUGUUCAAGCAAGGCGACGGCUAUUCCAUCCACACGUGCCGCACCAAGUCUACCAGAAACCCCCUCUAUCGCUGGCUCAUAGGCGCAGACCCCAGCUGUAUCAACGAGUUCGCAUUCUCCCCCUGCGGAGCGAAUCUAGCAGUCGUCUCCCAAGACGGGUUCCUACGCGUCUUUCACUACGACACCAUGGAGCUCAUCGGUAGAGCCAGGUCGUACUUCGGAGGAUUCCUCUGUGUUUGCUGGUCGCCCGACGGCAAGUAUGUCGUCGUUGGAGGUGAAGAUGAUCUGGUAACUGUGUGGUCGUUCAGCGAAAGACGUGUCGUAGCUAGAGGGCAGGGCCAUAGAUCGUGGGUGUCAGUCGUAGCCUUCGACCCUUAUGUUGUGAGCUUCAGUGAGCCUGAGAGCGAAGAAGGCGUAGAAGAUGACAGACAGAAAAGUGAAAGUGUGCAGUGUUAUAGGUUAGGCAGUGUAUCUCAGGACACACAGUUGUGCUUGUGGGACCUCACUGAAGACGUGUUGAAGCCGCCGGUCCGCGCGCGAGCCUCCGCGCAUCUUUCGCCCAACAGUCAAACGUUCUCCCCCAACGGAGUGCCCGGGAUGAAAAUACCCGCGCCUAAGGGAGCUAAGACCAAUAAAAUAGGACAUAAGCACGCAGAGCUGAGCGGAUCGAAUGCGUCGGGCGAGCCUUCAGGCGCGAAGCCGACGAAAACGAAAGUGAACAACGUCUCAACGCUAAACAUUAGCGUGGGGAAAGCGAAAGAGGAGACAUCAGGGUCGCUCGGGGUGAACUCGCUAACUCAGCGGCUAGCCGGGUUCUCGUUCGGCGAGCGCAGGUCUGAGCACCGCAGAAACUUUAGUCUGACGAAGCCGGCGGAGCAGAAGUCGUCGGCAUCGAAUAGCGUCGCGCUGAGAGGGAAGUCAGCGGGGGCACAGUCGGGGGACUCGUGUGACCCGCUGAAGUUAAUCGGCACGGCGUCGUGCCCGCGGUUCGACGAGUGUCCAGUGUUAGAGCCGCUGGUGUGCAAGAAGAUCGCCCACGAGCGUCUGACGGCGCUGCAGUUCCGCGCGGAGUACUUCGUGACGGCGUGCGCGGACGGGUGCGUGAACACGUGGGCGCGGCCCGCGCGGCCGCACAACGGCGACGCGCGGCCGCACCGCCGCCUCGACCGCCUCGACCUCGUCGACUAGGCCCUGCCACUCACUGCCCGAGCCGAUAUUGUACCUAUCUGAUGAUCAGCUUACUAUAGAUACAAUUUGACAGUAGCCCCAUAAAAGUAACGUCAAAUUCUUAUCUUUAGUAAGCGAAACAACACAUAGAUACAAUAUUGGGAACGGCAGUUAGUGCCGCCUCUCGCGUACGGACUAGUGCUACCUUCACCAAGCAAACCAGUGCUGCUUCCACACGCUACAACAAUCUUGUGAUUGCUAUACUCUUGGUAGUUCCCAAUUUAGUACCAUACCUUUAAUUUCAAUUCUAGCAGCACUGAAGGUUGUAUUACGUGCGUCUGAAGACACUGAAAUCUAUAAAGAGGUAGCAAUUUGAUGAUGUUUAUAAAAAUGUUGUGAUGGUCUUGUUCUAAAUGUAUUUUGGACUGAUACUUUGGUUAUAUUGAAAUACUCCUGGUUGUAUGAGACAGUGGUCGUUAGUUAAAGUUGGUGAGUGGUGUUUGUGUGCUAUUAUUCCAUGUUAGACACACUGUUCACGUGUGUGAGUGUUUCUGUCUUGUCCUGGAGCUCUCCUGUGUAUGCCAGAACUAUAUUUGUAUUUAAAUCUUUCCCAGUUCGCAGCCAAACUUAGCUUAGGAAAGCUUUAAUAAAGUUCGCACUGAUUUUGAGUAAUUUAUUCUUUGGAUCUAUGUUUCUAUGCGAAUCUGGGAACGGAAAUUGUAAUUUGAUGUUUUAGGGUUUACAGGUAAAAGAGGUAUUUUAUUAAUUUGACAGACAUAUUAAGACUUUAUGGUGUUGACCAUAGAGUUUUCAUGUUUUUAAUACUGCAUGCAAGAUGAGCCUAAAAUUGUACUGGAAGUGACUAGGCAAAUAGUGCUUUUGAUUUAUUGUAUUACAUGUUUUCCUUCUUAGAUGAAAUUCGCACGACACAUAAAGAUGAGUACACAUUUGCAGCAUGUCCACACAAUGAGAGGACAGAACUGUUGUUCCAGUAACUUUAUUUAACUAUUUUAUUUUGCAUGGAUUUAAGACGAAGAAAAUCUAGCAUUUCAGAUUCAAAUAAAUUACUACUUUUGAAUUGUGGAAUAAUGGUGUAUAUGUAACAAAUGUGUACUCAACUUUACAAUAAUGCACACAAGCAAACUAUAACUAAAUUGUGAUACUCCCUUAAAUCUAUAGUGAACUGUCCUUUAUAUAGUCCUGUGUAGAACAUAGUAACAGACUUAAAUAUUGUUAAUAAUUCCUUGAUAGUUCUAUCGAAAUGUUUCAAUUUAUUCAUAGAAUAGUUUAAAUUGCAACUGCUUUUAUAUCUAAGUCAAUACAGGAAAGUUCCAGUCGUGGCCAUGGUCCACUAAGCAUUUUCUAGUGUUGUAACGAUAUACGAUGAAAAAAAAACAUUUUAGAUAGCAAUAGAUAUGAGAUUCGUAACUAUGUAUAGACAAAUGUAUAUUGUAAUUAAGGAAAACGGUUUUUUUCUCGGCUCACAUUAUGUAAAUAUAGUUGUUAGGUCAAGCGAUCUGAUCGCUUCAUAUUCGCGAUGAACACGUGCGCUUUCAUAUUAAAGCUAUUUAUUACGAUUUUUUUAUCGAUUUGAAUGUUGUUGCAUCGAUUUGACGUGUCUGUAAGACUUGCAGUGUUUAAUCGUUUCACUAUUUUUUUUUAUAUCGUGAGACUUAUAAGUUGAAGUCGAAGUUGUUAAUUAUUUAGAUAUUAGUUAGUUUGUAGUUUAGUGAAUUUAUUUUAUCAUAGAUCAAUAUUUUGGUUCUAUAUUUUGCUCUCGUGUAGAUAAAUUAAUGUGAAGGGCGCGGAUUUGAUGAUUUAGAAAGGCCAACUUUCUUUUAU